AUGAAGACACUGAUGUCUGAAAUGAAGGAAGGAUUUUUUGCAUUGAUAGGAGCAUCAAUGGAUAAAUAUGUUGUAGAAACAGGAAUUGAUAGACAAGUACUCUUAUGUGAAAUGUUAAGUGAUACUAUUCUCCCGGGUUCACUUCUUCGAGUGUUUGGAUUUGAUGAAAAUAAUUGUCCCUUCCCCCCCCCCCCCGAAUCUGUAAGAUUUUAG